GUUCUUAUUAUAAGACGAAUAAUUAUUUUAUAUAGAAAAUUGAAUGAAAUACCACAUAAUGAGUCAACUUCAAAUUAUGAUGAAAAAUCUCAUCCUAUAACAAAUAUCACUUCAUUCAAUCAUAAUUUACUUCAAAAUAGUAUUAAUCCGGAUUUAUCAAUCAGUAUGGUCAUACAUGAUACGCCCUCCAGUUCUGAAAUGACAGAAUGGUCACAAUCCAAUGAAAAUAGUACAUCGGAACAUAGUUUAAGUAUCCAUAUGGAAAAAAAUAGUGUUUCAUCGAUUAGUGAAAAUGAACCGAAUAACCAAGAAUUAAGUGGUAGAAGAAUUGUCAAUAUAUCACAUUUAAUUCAACAAAUUCAAAAGCGUCAUGUUGGCCCAUAUGAUUGCUCGUUUGUCGACAUGGAAUAUGAGUCAGAGGUGAUCUAUGGCUUUUCAUCAGUUAUCACAUUCAAAUGUAAAGUUUGUAACAUAAAAACUAAAUAACAUACAGAGGAUAUGAAACAGUCGGAGAUGCGAAUAAAUAAAGCUGUCGUAAAUGCUUGUCAUGCAAUUGGAAUUGGUCAUACUCAGCUACAAGAAUUCGCGGGAUUUCUCGACUUGCCUGUUUUGUGUAGUAGAGGUUUUUUGAAUAUUCAAACUGAGGUAGCCGAAUUAGUUCAUGCUACUGCAUGGGAUGAAAUGAAGAAAGCCGGCGACGAAGAAAGAAAAUUAGCAUUCGAAUCUGGUGACGUAGAUAUCGAUGGCACGCCAGUUAUUACUGUUGUCACUGACGGCCAAUGGUCCAAGCGAAGCUACAAGACCAAAUAUGACGCAUUAUCUGGAACAGCAACAAUAAUUGGUCUAAAAACUCAAAAAGUUUUAUUUGUUGGAAUACGUAACAAAUAUUGUAUAAUUUGUCAAAGGGCUUCAAGUAUGAAAAUUAAAAAUGUACCAGAUCACAAAUGUUUUCUUAACUGGAAAAAAGCUUCAACAUGCAUGGAAGCAGAUUGCAUUCUGGAAGGAUUUUCUAAAAGCAUCGAAAUGCAUGGUCUUAAAUAUAACUGUUUGAUUGGUGAUGGCGAUAGUAGUGUAACUAAGCGAUUGGUAGAAAGUCGACCAUAUAGCAUUGAAUUCAAUAUUAAAAAAAUUGAAUGUAAAAAUCACCUUUUGAGAAACUAUACUUCAAAACUUACAGCUAUGGCCAGAAACACAAAGUAUCCACUUCGUGUUCGCAAGUUCAUAUUGUCAAAUAUUCUGCGGUUUAGAAGUGAUGUUCAAAAAGCUGCCCUUCAUUGGAGAAAAAAAAAAGGAAUGAGAGAUAUUUUUUCAAUUUGUAAGGGCAAAGUCUUCUACUAAUUACGAUAUUUGUUUCUUUGACGUAUCGUUAAAAGAAUUUAAUC